GAUCAAGUUCUUCCCAAGGAACCUCUUGCAAUCGGAUCGGACUUCUACCAAGAAUCACGACCACUUGAUGGGAUCGAUAGGUUUCUUCAUGGAUCAAACGGGAUAGGAAUUAUACCAAGUUCUUCAUGGAUCAAACGGGAUAGGAAUUAUACCAAGUAUCACGACCACUUGAUGGAAUCGAUAGUAUCACAACCACUUGAUGGGAUCGAUGGGUUUCUUCUAAGGACCAUACGGGAUUGGAAUAUUACCAAGGAUCACGACCACUUGAUGGGAUCGAAAGGUUUCUUCCAUUGGCUACGAUCUCCUGCGGCUACUACCAAGAAUCACGACCACUUGAUGGGAUCGAUAGGAUCACGACCACUUGAUGGGAUCGAUAUGGAUAAUACAGGAUUGGAAUUCUACCAAGGAUCACGACCAUCGAUAAAUUUCCCAUGGGCUACGAUCUACUGCGACUUCUACCAAGAAUCACGACCACUUGAUGGGAUCGAUAGGUUUCUUCCAAGGAUCACACGGGAUUGGACUUCUAUCAAGGAUCACGACCACUUGAUGGGAUCGAUGG